AUGACAGCCCCCGGCCUCACCCCAGAACAACUCGCAUCCUUCCAGCAAAACGGCUACCUCAUCAUCCGCGACGCCCUCGCGCCGUCGACGGUCGAGUCCCUCCUCGACGAGACAAGCUCCCUCCUCACCAGCUUCUCCCUCAAGGACCACCCGCUCACGCGCUUCUCCACGGGCGAAAAGACCGACCACGUCGGCGACGAGUACUUCCUCACGUCGGGCGACAAGAUCCGCUUCUUCUUCGAGGAGGACGCCUUCGACGCCGCAGGCACCCUGACCAAGCCGCAGGACAAGGCCGUCAACAAGAUCGGCCACGGCCUGCACGCCCUGUCCCGGCCCUUUGCCCGCCUCAUCGACGGCUCCGCGCUCCGCCAGGCCGGCGAAGUCAGCCCCCCCGACGUGGCCAGGUCGCUGGGCUACCGGGACCCCAGGUGCCUCCAGAGCAUGGUGAUUUGCAAGCAGCCCGAGAUUGGGGGCGCGGUGCCGCCGCACCAUGACUCGACGUUCCUGUACACGGACCCGCCCAGCGCCACGGGCUUCUGGUACGCGCUGGAGGACGCGACGCUGGACAACGGGUGCCUGAGCUUCUUGCCCGGGUCGCAGAGGUGGGCGGCCGUCGAGAAGAGACUUGUCCGGAGGCAAGGCGGUGUUGGCACCGAGAUGGUUGACAACGAGGGGACGAGGUUUCCUGAUGGGCACAAGGGCCAAGGGCGGCCGGCCGGCGUCGAGGGGGAGGACGAGUAUGUGCCCGGGGAGGUCAGGGCCGGCGACUUGGUCUUGAUUCAUGGCAACCUGUUGCACAAGAGUGAGAGGAAUACCAGCUUGAAGGGGAGGAUCAUUUAUACGUUUCACAUCAUCGAGGCGGAGGGGACCAAGUAUGAUGAAAGGAAUUGGCUGCAGCCGCCAGAAGGGGGCUUUACGAAAUUGUAUUCAUAG